UAAGGGCAAAACCCGUUGUAUAAAUUAACAUCUCCCCAACGCAAAAAUACAUCUUGAAAACAUUUUAGUAGUUUAGGGUAGGAUUUUUGCCUGUUGUUAUUGCCAUAGACCUCAAAGUCACAGGUAAUUUGUGGCCCACUACUCUAAACCCGGGCUGAUGAAUUACCCGCAAAAGUGAUUCCAAAAUAUACAACGGCUGUGGAACAAUUUUUUUUGGGGGGGGAGGCAGUUAUAAGAUCCUCAGGCAUCACCCAUUAAUAGGCCGAUCCAUUAUUAUAGGACCUGUAAAAAGUGGAGGCCAUGACCCCACCAGUCGAAAAAAGUCCCCUCCCCCCGCUUCCGCCACCAGUUUCAAUAUGCACACAAACAACGCGAACUCCACAUCUUUCUGCAAAGGUUUUUCCUCUUGGACCGCGCUGAAGUAUGAACGAAAACAGUGUCGGAGUGGGAUCAAUAUCACCUACAUGAACGUGUUUUGAGGGGUUUUGGUCAUUAGCUUCCUGAAAAGUGAACUUGAAAUACGACCGCGUUGUGGCUGGUAGAUUGGCACACACGUUCAUGGGUAACAGUUGGACACUUUAGCCAAUAGCUAAGGAUAGGAUGGGAUAGGAGUAUGUGUUAUUCUUAGACGAAGCCGCGUAAUUCGGGUGUCGUCCCACACAGUUGUACCUCCUUCCUCCAUGGUUGUACAUGUAGUGAUAUUCAAGUUUGGACCUCGGGUGGAGCAGUCCAUUUUAAGGCCGAGGGGUCCUGUUAAGGCCGAGGGGUUGAACCGCAAGAUUUGGGAAAUCCUUUGCGGAAAAAAAAAACACAAGGCAGCUUCGAGCUGGGACGGUUACUUGCUAUCUCUAAGUUGUGAAGCAGUCCGUCAGUAGUCAGCUGAAAUUUGUUGUCCAAAUAGCGAAGAAUUUUGGGAGGUAUUCAUCCAUGGUCACAGUUCCUUGGUCGUUAUCGAAAUUAUAAAUUUAUCAAUUAAAUCAUCACUGAAAAUUCAUCAAAAUUACCGUUGGCCAUAGGCCUAUCGAGUUAGUGAUUUAUACAUUUUUUUGCUUGAAACUAGUCUGAAUUCGAAUUUGGUUCACCUUUCAAGCCACUGAGGACAGAGUAGACUGUAACGCUAGUUAUAACAGAAAUUCAAAAGUUUACUGCCAAAAGUUGAACCUCUUUAAGCUGUGCAAGUGCUUUGGUCACAUUCCCUGACUCGUAACUUGCAUUUGACCUUGUUGGUCGCUUCAUCACUGUUUCAAUUCUGAACGCAAGUCCCGUGAAAAUUGGUAAAUUUCCAAGGGCGACUUUGCCAGAUCAUGUCAACAACCGGUAGUUGGAAAUCACAUCAGCGAGUCUCGCGUUUGGUCAACGCCGUCAAUGCUAAUCGGACGAUGACUCGUGGCCAGGGCGUACGCCACCCGGCUCACGUAACACUGAAUCAGUGGGACUUCGGGUCACGGACGCUGUGCGCUCGGUUCCGAGAAAUUGGUGACGUCAUUGAAGUUCUGUGACGCGUUCUUGAAUGGGGACUAAUGAAUAUCGAAUCGACACGAAUCGCAGAGCGUUGUGGUGACCCCAUUAUUAUGACUUCGGAUCGAACAUCUGAGACGAUUAAGCGCCGAUCUUGAGACUUAUCUUUGGACGCCCGGAUGGUCCAAUUAACAUGGAAGCGAUAUCCCCCCCCCCCGACCUGCGUGGGUACAGUUCUGGGCAUUUUCUGUGUUCCGGUGGCAUCCCUGUGGUGCGUUAUGUGGACUUUGCAAGCGAAGCAGUUGACAGCGUGAGUGAUUUCCAGGAACUGGUCGGCUGUUUUACGGAAGCACAGCGAUGUGAACAAUUCCCCCCUCGCUGUUGACCCAAAAGUAUCGCAUCCGCGUCGUAAUCAAGGAAUGAUUGUUACGUGUCCGGCUGCGAGAGUGUUGUAACUGGAUGUGCGCAGUUUGCAAUCGUGUAAGCCUUAUCAGCCUCCGGAACCAGACGAUUUCUCUCUCUUCCAUUAAACAAGAUUGGAAAAAAAUUUCCUGAAAAUGGAUUUCCAGCUUUCAGCCCUGACCACAAAGCAAUGCAAGACGUCAUGGACCAUGAAAUACAGUGCUCCUUCAUAAAAAAAUGGUCAAACUAAUCAUUCUUGAUAGAUUUGUAUGUCACGUGGUAUAUACUCUUGGAAUUGAAAGGGUCAGUGUUUUAAGUACAUGUAUUAUUAUUUCAGUCUAUGGCAAUGUUCCUUUUCUGAAGCCCUAUUUUCAUUCUUAAUUGAUGUGGCAAAUGCAUGGCAUUGCAUGCUUUUUACCGAGAAUAUUUGCAGAUUUAACGUUGUAUUGGGAAAUUGAUGAACGAAUCGAUGAAUUGAGUCUGCCUGGCCGAUGCAUUAACUUACAUUGCGUGUAUGUCAUUGCCUAAUCAGUGUUAUUGCAAUACGUUUCCCUUUAGUCCAAGUAUGAUAAUUAGUCAUAACGAGGAGGAAAAGUUGAAAGUAAAACUGUGUGGAUCUGUAACCUGAACUAAGUAAAGGAUGGAUUCAGACCUUCGACCUAUACUGUUGUGGUCGAUUCAUUUGUCGUGAUGACAGGUAUAUCAAUUGUGUAAAUGAAAAUAAUACAAACGAAGUAAAUUUGAGCUGUCGGAUAUUAUUCAAAGAAUUGGCCACUUUUUUUUACACUUAUACCAUUAUGUGACGUCAUCUCGUAUGACCCGGUUUCCGACACACGACUGCCUUUUCUCACGACAGGUGAUGAGAUAACGUGAGAUAAUAUGAGACACUCCGACCAAAGUCUGAUUUGCUGGCCGGUGGUGUCACAUGGAACUGGCGAUUGCAGGCAUGAACCUGGCCUAAAGCAGUUGGUGAAUUACUACCGAGGUUCAGCAAGUCUUUGCCGCAAAACCAAAUUGGUAUCAAUUCUGAAAACAUCCUUACAGUGCAGUUGCAAUGAUGUGGACUGGUUACCUACAUCGUUUGUGAUCCGUCCAGCCAACAACAAUAAUGCAAGUAAAGUUAACCACUGCAGCACAUCUCGUGACUGGUUAAGGCAGUUGCGAUUAAGCAAGCUACACUCUGAUGACAGGGAAGAGUUUCAGGCGUGUUGGGAGAAGACAAGGCAGGCCAGACAGGGAAGUGUCUGGAUUGCAAAGUCAUCCUCUGGAGCCAAAGGUAAAGGUAUACUGAUAUCGCAGGAUCCUGCUGAGUUGGUAGCAUUUGUAGAUAGUCAGACAGAAGCUCAUGUUGUUCAGAAAUACAUUGAGAAGCCAUUGUUGUUGACUGGUGAUCGGAAAUUUGAUAUUCGAUGUUGGGUGUUGCUUGAUCACGAGUACAACAUUUUCAUGAUGAGGGAAGGUGUCUUGAGAACGUCAUCUGAACCGUACAUCGCAGAUGAUCUCAAGAAUGUUACAAGUCACUUGACAAACCAUUGCAUCCAGGAAGCAUGCGCUCAAAAUUACGGCAAGUAUGAAGAUGGAAAUGAAAUGUUUUUCAAAGAAUUCAACAGAUAUCUACAGGACCGAUACAACAAAAGCAUGGAGGACACCAUCUUGCCACAAAUACGUCACAUUAUCAGACAGUGUUUGACAGUGAUCAAAGAGGAAGUCAGCACAGAGGGCCUAGGAUAUCAGAGUUUCCAGCUGUUUGGAUUUGACUUCGUCCUUGACAUGGAUUUCAAAGUUUGGCUGAUUGAGGUCAAUGGAUCCCCGGCGUGUGCACAGCGGCUGAAGUCACAGUUAGUGGAGGGUAUCAUCUGCCUCGUUAUUGAUCGGGUAUUUCCACCACCAUCAGAGCCAUCCUCUCUAAACCAAGACUCAGAAGACGCAUCAUCCAUCCAGCUGGCUUCAUUUGAGAAACUCUGAUUAGAUCCUGGUGAUUUCUUCUGCGUCUCUCAGCUCCUCACCUGGACAGCAAUAUGGUAUUUCAGUGGCUGUUGGACCAUAGCACGACUUUUCUCAGGAAAGACUCUUUCCAAGGAAGAUACCAUCCUUCUCAUUCAUGCCAAAGAAAC